AUGACAGAACCACAGCGCAAAAGUGUUGCCGUGAUCGGCACAGGGAUGGCUGGACUUGUGAUCGCAUACAUACUCAGGAACGACCCUCGAGGGAGGUUUGACGUGGAAGUAUUUGAAAAGCAAGACAAACUUUCUCUCGACUCAGCAUCCCACACACUCACAGAUGAAAAGAGCGGCGAAAAGUCAGAACGCCUGGAUCUCCCCAUGCGCGCAUUCGCCGACGGGUACUAUGAGAGCUUAAAGCGUAUGUACGACUAUCUCGGUAUCACAUACGGCUCCCCACGAUUUAUUUACGCCCUCUCAACAUUAUCGAACACCGCCCAACAAGUCUCACCGUACUACAUUCACUCCUCAAAUAACCACCAAAUACCGCCUCUCCGCCCGAAUGGUUUCUCAUGGGCCAGUUGGCUGGUUGAGCUAUGCUACCUGGCUGUGUGUUACUAUUGGUUCACGGCUUGUUGCUUUUUUGUAACGCCCAAAACGUUGGAGUCGUCUGGCACAGAGGAAUCUCUUCGUCAUUAUGUUGAGAGAAUUAGAUUGCCUGUAUAUUACGUGAAAAACUACCUCUUACCGCUCAUGUCGAGUGUCACAACCUGCUCACAUGACGCGUUAAUGGACUUCCCUGCUAUUGAUCUGGUGGACUACGAGAGGAGAACCUUCCGCAGGAAACACUACACCGUCCUCGGCGGUGUCCAUCGCGUGCAGACCAAGUUGGCUAAGGGCCAGACGCCUAGACUCGGUGCGAAGGUCACGGCUGUUGAGAACGUCGGGACACAAGUCCAAGUUAGCUGGACAGAUUCCCGUGAUGGCCAGAGCAGCUCGCGUCUAUUUGACCAUGUCAUUUUGGGCGUGACACCUGAUGUGGUUGGUACGAUCUUCCAGCCCCUUCGGAGCGCAAUGGCAGCGGUGCCCACGACGACAGUUCAAUGUAUUGUUCACCGCGACUUCUCCAAGAUCAUCGAUGCUAGCAGGUCUCUCUGGACGCAAAUGUCUCUAAAGACUGGCGAAUCAGCACCUCAGCCAAUCCACAUGUGCUCGAAUGAUCACGCAACAGAGUCGAUCCACGAGCAUCCCUCAUCUGCUCUCAUCACCACAUAUCCCAUUGCUCCCAUUGACCCCGAAAAGGUCGUGUACACAGCCACAUUUACCCGAGUUCUCCGAUCAUCAGCUAGCAGACAGAUCGUGAACCAAAUCUUCGGCCAGAAAAGAUCUAUUGAUGAAAAGAGUCAGCUUUGGCGAAAUGGCGACGGCAAUGUAUGGCUCGUCGGUGGUUGGUGCUGGGAUGGAAUGGUCAUGCUCGAGGGGUGUCUUGCCUCCGCGACCAGGGUGGCAAAUGCCCUCGAUGUUGAGGUGCCUUGGAUGAAGAGGUCUUAA